AUGAGGAUCACGCACCCGGAACCAUGGAGAGAAAUGCGAAAGCAACUCCGUGAGUCUUUAGCUAUCUCCGGAAGAACAUGCCGUGUUUGCAGUGAACAAGUGGCAAGGAGUCCGUGUUUGCAAUGAGCCUUCUCCGUGGUACAUGAGCAUUCCGACGCAGUUCAGCCAACUACAAAAUGUGCUCCCGGAGGAGCAGGAGGAACUCGUCUUCACUGAGCUCAAGCUCUUUUUGCUGGGAAGUGAGACGGAAAACGUACGCCUUGAGCUCGGGGAGCACUCCAAUCAGCUGCCCACUUCCAUAGUUUUCAACAUUUCGUUCGAUCCGUACAUCCGAUCGGAACUCGAACGUUUUCAAGAUAUCCUUGUCACGGUCGCCACCGUCAAAAUCUGCUGUUACGGUCAGUAUUCCCUUCCUUUUUUACCAUUCAUUUCGACCCGUUUCAGCCAUAACUCACGAUGCAGUCACAUUCUCUCCGAUAGGCGGAGCAGUAGCUUCCACGAUCGAGAAAAAAGUGAAUGGGUUCGUGACGAACAUAUGCACGAAACUUGACGGUCUCUCUGUAAUGAUAUCCCAUCAAAAUACGUUUCACCUGCUCCCUCUUUUCAGAAUGCGACCCAACAAAUGAACAACCUGUUUCGUGAACUGCACACUAUUCACGAGUCACUCAGUUUCUACAGCGAAAUCGUCAAAACUAUCUAUUUGGAGCAAUUGAUCGGCGGCCAAGUGCUCACUUUGCUCGAUUCGAAGCGGAGACACGUGUUCGCCGGUAGCGUCGUUCAAGACUUGGACGACGUGUUCGCGGCCGGAUGGAAGGUUUUCGCAAGAUCCAUCGGAAAACUUGUCUGCAAGUUUGAAGCUGAUCAUCUGGAUUAUGAGGUAAUAUUUAUCUCAAACUUGGUUUGCAUUUUUUUUUCAGUUCGUCAUCUGGUCCACCAAGGAAAUGGCUGACAACUCGUCGAAAAAGCUAAUUGCGUCGCAGGGAAAACAGACGAAAUCUUCCCGAUAUGUGAUCGUGGAGGCCCUUUGUCCGAAGUUUUUUCUCAAAUAUCUGGACAUUCUGGUGCGAUGCGCCGAGUUCGGAGACGCUUCCAAGUCGGAGGGUGCGAAGAGACGAACCGAAAAAAACGUAGGGACGGAAUCGGUGGAGAGUGUGAUGGAAGACGUUCGGAAUGUCGACUGGAGCAAUCUUGACGUGGCAACCACUGUUCGUAUGGUUAGUGUAUUCCAGAAGCUCGCGAAAUCAAAAUGAUUUUCUCAGCUGGUCCAAUUCUCUCGCAAAGAAUCGGCAUGUCUUCUCCGUGAGAUCACAUCGGCCACGAACGUCGAUCAGGCGAUCCGAGACAUUCACGAGCUGCUCAUAAAGGGAUCGUGCGCUCAUGAAGUAAUGCUCUACGGACUCAAAGCAGAUAUUUUGCACAAGCCGAUUGAUGUGAGCUCGCUAAUAUUUUUAUUUACCUAAAAUACGCGAUUCAGGAAGUUGGAAACAUUCGCAUAAAAAAAUUGACGAACGACGUGCUAGGAGCGGCUGCAGAGAAGCAUCACCCGUUCUGGAAAUACUUCAGUUUUUACAUCGAUCGUCAAAACGUAUUUGAAAUGUUAGAACGGAGAACGCCAGGGGCACACAUAGAAAGGCACGCUGAAAAUGUAAGAAAGAAAAUUUAUUCUUUUUAUUUUCCGAGUUGGCUUUUCAGGUGACGCCAAUGCUUUUCGAGUGCAUUUCCGUGUCUAUGGAGUGUCCGAUCGACAUCGAACCGAUCAUUUCCACGUCCGCCGUGUUCACUCUCGUUCCGAUCUUCCGCAUCUGGCUCCAAUUGCACGUCGCCAGCUGGACUGUUGCUAACUAGUCAGUUCCUUUUCUUCCUCGGUUCUUUCGUUACUUAUUAUUUUCCAGUCGUGACUCAAUUCGCGGACAAAUGCCCAGCCGAUCUCUCGGAUACGUCGCUAAAAAGAAGCAUCUCAUGCAUGCUCUCGAUUCGGAAAUCGCCAGUUUGAAGCAGAAAUGGGCAGCGUACGUCGACAUGGCAAUCGCAUUGUACUACGAAAAAGUGCAGAAGGCCGUCUCGCUGGACGAAUACACCGAAUGCCAGAAUGUUCUCGCGAGGGACGUCAUCAAAGUAAUACGCCCUUUUUGUAAAUGAGUACUAAUUGCAUUCUUUCAGAUGAUGGGAAUUACCCAACUGUCUCAACUGGAAAACAUUCGAGACAUUUUGAAUAUAAUCUGGAACUAUAACAACGACGACGGCAGGCUUCCCGAUUUGAUAGCAGAUUUCGAAGAGGUCCAGUCGAGAGCCAGAAUGGAGUCAGCAGUCGCAUAA